AUUUUAGAAUGGCUAAACGCAUUACAGUCUAGUGACAUUAACCAUGAGGCUAAGUCUGAAACUGGUGCCCUCUAUUCUAGCCGUUUGGUGGUGCAGCGCUCCUUUAGCUGAGCCAUUGAAUUUGAAAUUUACCAAUGCGCAAUGCGAGGUGUUGGACAAAUCUUUUGGAUCAUUUGAGAAAUGCUAUUUGAAGGCUUUAGAUCGACAUAAUGUAAGCUUGGACUUGUACCUCAAACUGUACCAGCUACCAUUAAAGAGUCUAAAGUGGCACGCCCAACUCUUUCACAGGGGAAAUGGUUUUCGACCUCUGCUCUACAACAACACCAUGGAUUUUUGUCUAUUUAUGAAGAAUCCCAAACGUUGGAUGUUUUGGAAAAUAAUAUGGGAUGCCGUUUUACCAUACACAAACUUAAAUCACACUUGCCCCAUAAAUCAUGAUGUCAUUAUCAAAAGUCUAAUUCUCCAAAUGGACAUGAUAAAGCUUAUACCAUUUCCACCCAAUACCUAUAUGUUGCGUCUUCGUUAUUUUAACGACAAAAGCAGUGGCGUAGAGGUUCGUGUUAAUAUUGACCAUUACUAAGGGAUGCGGGUAUUUUAGUUGUUUAGUGUAAGUUGGAGGUGUAAUUCAUGGAAAUCGCAAAAUAUUGGUAAA